AUGGCUAAGGAAAAUAAGAAUUUAUACGCAAUUUGCGAUCAUAUACAAAGAACUAAACCAGAUAUUCAGGUCACUGAAGAAAUAGCCAAGGAGAUAGGAAGUAAUUUUCGCACACUACCUGCAUUUGAGAAAGGCCUCUUUGAUUACGUCUAUCGAAGACAUUAUUCCAUUGAAAGGAAUGAAUUGUUAAAGUGCCGUUGGCUACAGUACAAGAAACAUAUUGAAGAUCGCGUCUUCGCGCCAUUUCAGUUUCCCUGUAUACGAGACUUACAUUUUCAAAAUGGCGCUAUUCGAUUUUUACCAUCUGAAUCAAUUUACCGCUACCCUGAACAUAAAAUGAAAUUGAAACCUGGCCCCGGAGUCGACUUCCGUGGACAAAUGCCAAUACCUCAAGAGCUUCUUAUGAAACGGGGUACAACAAAGAAAGAUGGCGUGGUUAAGAAAGAUAGAAAGAAAAAGAAUAAAUAA